AGCCAAACAGCUUAGUGCUUCUCUCUCUUUCUCACUACACUUCUCCGCCCUCCGCAUUUCAACUCCGAUCCGAGGAACUGGGGGUAACCCUAAAAGAGUUCAAUCCUUCUCUCAACACUCCGUCUUCUUCACCAGGUUCACUUGCACAUCAAAUGUCUUUUGAUCAUUCUAUUAAAGAAAACGGAUGGUUUCUUUCUGGUGACAUCUCUUUCAUGAAUCGGUGUCGCUUGUGGUGUUCUCGACGACGAAUCUUGUUCCGGCAUUGGACUUGAUUCAUCUCCUCUCCUUCAAGUUUUCGUCUUUUACAUUUUUUUUUACUUCCUGUAAGCAAUCAAACAAACAUUGGGAUAGUUUUUGUAACUGAUAUUGAAGGAUUAUUGGAUAUAGACAAUCAUUGGUUACUGUUUUGGGUGGUUUUAAAGAAGCAAUUGUACAUUUAGGUUGAGUUAUUUUGAAGAUAAUUAUUUUACUUGAUGGCGAGAGGAUCUCUCCCGCCAGGAUUCCGUUUUCAUCCUACCGAUGUCGAGCUUCUUUUGUAUUACCUCAGAAGAAAGGUAAGCGGCAAAGCUCUAAGCUUUGAGGUUAUUGCAGAACUUGACGUUUAUAAAUUUGCCCCUUGGGACUUGCCAGACAAAUCAAUCGUGAAAAGCAGAGAUCUUGAAUGGUAUUUUUUUUGCCCUAGAGAUAAGAAAUAUGCAAGUGGAACAAGGAUGAAUCGUGCUACUGAAAAUGGUUACUGGAAAACCACCGGAAGGGAUAGAGAUAUUUGUAACAACUCACGAUGUGUGGGAUGGAAAAAGACUCUGGUUUUUCAUGUAGGAAGGGCACCACGGGGUGAUAGAACAAAUUGGGUAAUGCAUGAGUAUAGGCUUGAUGACAAAAAUCUUGUUGAUGCAGGCAUCUGUCAGGAUGCAUAUGUUCUUUGCAAAUUCUUUGAGAAAAGUGGUGCAGGUCCUAAAAAUGGUGAACAACAUGGUGCACCCUUCAAAGAAGAAGAUUGGGAAGACGACGAGGUAACCAAUGCACCAGAAUAUUUCCAGUCUGUUGUUCCUGUAACUUCACCAGCGAUGCCUUUUAGUGGUCAAAAUAGCACAUGUUGUUCUUCCUCAGUAGCUGUUACGUGUCAAAGCAAUCUAUCUAAUCCUGAAAUUGCGAACUCUCCCUUUCUGGAAGAUGACAUUGAAAGAAUGAUGGAAUUUUUCAAGGAUGACGAUACUCUCCUUAAUGAUGGCACCGGCAACGAUAAGAGGCCAGAUCCUUCGACUUUCGAAGCCACUGUUGAAGCUCCAGUCCUUGGGGAUGGUUUUGAUAUUUACAAUGGGUUGGAGGACCUCAAAAGUUGUACUAGGCAGCAGCUGACUGACAACUUCCUUCUCGUCAACAGUCCUGGUGAUGACUUUUUUCUGAAUCAAACACCAGCAGGAGAUGAUCUGUGCUUUUUGGAGUUGGAUGAUCUUGCACAUCCCUUGAACUUCCCAGAGGGUGUUCCUGGUGCUGAGCGCAGCCAAGUACAAAAUCAUCCUGACCAGUACCGGAGUUGCGAUAACGUGGGUGCACUUUGGAACUUCCCAUCUGCUCCUUCAAAUACACUUCGGAACUUCCCAUCUGCUCCUUCAAAUACUCACCAUACAAAACUGUGAACUGCAGUUGUUGCUACAAUUUUGGCGUUUCAUACCAGGUGAAAAAAGUUGGAUUCUACCCCUGUCCAUCUUCAGCUGCAGAGAACCCAUGCAGUAGGAAGGAGGCAAAGGCAGUGCUGUUUUUUUUCUUUCCCUUUUUCCCCCUAAAAAGAGGAGUACCUCCUCAUUCAUUGGAUAAACUUAAUCCGUUCUUCCCGAAUAUUGGCAAAUGCUGGUGCUAGACACGGUAGUUUAUGGUAUUCUUUAUCUUCUGCAAAUGUUUGCAGGUGCUAGACAUGGUAGUUUAUGAUAUUCUUCAUCUUCUGGUAAUGUUUGGAGAAUUCUCUGCCAACCAAUUUUAAACUAUUCCAAAAUGUAUGGCAUCAUUGAAACUGUUUCUCCUCAAUGUUCUUUGAUUGUUGCAGUGAUAUAAAACAAGAGAACAUCUGUUCUUUCAUUGUC